CAGACGCGCGGUGCCCGUCUCUCAGCUGAUAAGUGACGUAGACCGUCCGUCCCCCCCUCCCCCCACGUUUUAAAGCGUUUCCCUGCGGUGGAGCCCGUGCAGGAGACGCGGCGCAGGCACAAGCGGCACGCCGCAGUUUUCGAGGCUGCGCAUGUGUUGUCACGGCGCAGAAAAAGGGGCUGCGAAGCGGCGGAGCGACUGCGGAGCUGCCCGUUAAUCCCCCCCCGAGCGACCGAGACGGGGCGGAGCGGUGAGGACUGACAGGAGGCGACAUGGUGGAUUACUAUAACGUCCUGGGAGUGUCCAAAACAGCCUCCCAGGAUGACAUCAAGAAAGCGUACAGGAAACUGGCAUUGAAGUGGCAUCCGGACAAGAAUCCAGACAACAAAGAGGAAGCAGAGAGAAAGUUCAAAGAACUGGCGGAAGCCUAUGAAGUCCUAUCUGACACGAGUGAGCGCGCUGCAUACGACAGAUGCGGAAACGACAGAGUGCCACACACAGGAUCCUCCAGCUCAGACUUUCCGUCUGAUUUCCCAGGAUUCACCUUCACAUUCCGCAACCCAGAUGAGGUUUUCAAAGAGUUUUUUGGCAGCCAGGAUCCUUUCGCUAACUUCUUUGAUGACUUUUCGUCUUUUGGAGGCUCGCACUCUCGCCUCGGACCCAGUCGGUUCUUUUCCUUUCCUGCAGCACGAGUUGAUUUCUCCACCUUCUCCUCAUCCUUGGGUGGUCUGGAAGGCAUGGACAGCAUGGGCGGAGGGAUGGGCAACUUUAAAUCCGUUUCUACCUCCACUCGCAUCAUAAACGGCAAACGCACAACCACCAAGAAGGUAAAGGAGAAUGGGCAGGAGAGAACAGAGAUUGAGGAGGAUGGGGUAUUAAAGAGUGUCCUAAUUAAUGGCGUGGAGGACGAAAUGGCCCUCGCCCUGGAGCUGAGCCGGCGAGAGGGACGGACGCGCCCCUCCCCUCAGAAGCCGCAAAUCCAAAGCAUAUCGCCCGAAAGACCCCACUCCGGCGCCCACCCUUCCCCCACACACCGGUCACUCAGCUCCGCCCCCUUCUACAGCUGCGGGCUCGCGGGCAGCGUCGAGGAUGACGAGGAAGAUGAAGACCUGCAGGUGGCUUUGGCAUGCAGUCUGUCCGAAAUGGAAGCCCAGCGGAGAGCAGGUGCCACCGACUUCAUAUCAGGUGCCGGGGGUGUGGGCAAAGCCGCGGGUGGCCGUAGAGGAGGAGGGGUUGUUAAGACGACGCGUUUGAAUGUGGCUCGUGCUGAGAAGGUGCUUGAAAGCGCGGGAGAUGCAGAGGGGCAGUUUAAGAUGGACUCGGGGCCCGGAGCCGGGGGGGUAGUGGAGGGAACGGCCACCAGGGAACCAGACGUCUCUCCUGAGUCGUCCUCCACUGCCGACACCACGGCAACCGACCAGAGCAGCGAACAGCAACCUGCUAGGAAGAAAAGUGAUGGCGGUGUGAAAAAGAAAAAGAUGUGUGGUUGUGUUUUGUGCUAAUGCGUUGAGUGUGUGUGUGUGUGUGUGUGUGUGUAUUUGCAAUGCCUUAUCUUUUAUACCUAAGUAUUCUGUUUUCCGCCUGAUAGUCUGUCUCUUGAUGUGAGGCGGACCGAUCAACUUGCGCGUCAAUUCAGUCUUAACACUUCUCAAAGAAAGAGAAUGAGUCCACUUUUAAUUAGUGCCAAAAUUUCCACGUGAAUUUGCUAAUAAUAUCAGCUAUAAGAUCAAAUUGAUUGUGAACCAAUAGCUUUCUGAAUGUAAGUGAAUUUGCCAAAUAUUCAUGCAGACUGAACACAGCGUCAUUCAGAGGAACUUGUGUGUGUGUUUGUGUUUUUUCUGUGUGUGGCUCAGCUGAGGCGCCCCGUUUCUCGUUCAGACUUUGUUGCAAAGGGCCCGCAACAAGAAAAAAAACAGGACGUUUACAGUGCAAACACACCUUGUAAAUACGCUCGGUCAGGAUCGGCGAACCCGUAGCACAGAGUUCAUUUCAGAGUGCAUUAGUCAGGGUGGAAUGUAUCCUUUGUCUACCUUUCUCGGCCUUUAUACCCUCACUAAAAUACCAUGACCAUGUUUGGGGAGCGGCAGCACUUUAUGAGGUUGUAGCACAAUGUACAAUAUCUACCGCAUCAUGACUGUAAACCACAGCUACUAUGAAUCAUUAUAUAAUAUCGUUCAGAAUUUGAUCCUUUUGGUGCCUUUGCAUGCUUUAAGCUACUUUACUGUUUUUUAUUUGCUUGAAUUACCCUUGAAAAUGUGCCACAGUAGAGAAAUAACUAAUGUGUUUCCAGCAGAGCAGAUGUCAAAGCUAUACAUCAACAUACUAGUUUUUGUACUAUCUAAACUGCCAUGUGUGUUUUUUAAUUUUUCCUUCAAAUUUCUAAAAGAGUAGUAAGUAAUAAAGAUUGAGCUGAAGAGGAUAA